AUGGGAGUUCCCGGGGUAAAGGGUGCACCCCAAACAUUGUACCCUGAAGAGGUAUUCUACUUGUACGAAAUUGGAUCAGCGAUCGUAAAAGAAAAAGAAGGAGGACAAUUAAUUGGAACAGAGGUUUUGGCACUAGCUCUACGAGCAAUCUCCUUUUCUUGUUUGAUGACGUAUCGGGAAAUGCGACGAGCCGGAUUUGUUGUUGUUCGGAAAAGGUUGCAUCCUACAGAACCGGUUGCACAGACGCAAGCGACACCAUCGAUAAGUUACUUUGACGAGAAAGCCAAUAAGCCUUCGACAUCCGAGCCCACCAUCAAUAUUUUAGCUGAAACAAAGAAAUCGCCUUCAGAACCUGCAAAUGCCUCCUUGUCUCUGAAGCCUUUUUCAUCGACAGUGCUUGAUAUGUUUCCGACGCUUGAAAAUGGCAAAAUGAAAAUGAUUCACCUGGCGAUGGAUCAAAAUUUAUCACCAAUACAUGAGCCUAUUUCAUCUAGAAUAAUCUCACCGAAUGUAAUACGGCUAGCUCAAGAUGUAAGUUGC